CUAUUAGAAUAUAACUACACAGAGGAUUUUACUAGAAAAACAAGCAGAUUCGCUUGUUUGUCAAGGACGGGAAAAAAUUGAAGAGGUUUGUAAAGGUGUGUUCUCGAUUUUAUGCACGCAUGUCUUCAUUGCUUAUCAAGCCAGAAUUACAUAGCAAAGCUCAGAAGCUGUCGAGGUGAAUCAACAUUUUUUUGGUUAUUGAAUCAAGUUUCUCUUGAUAUUAUUUGAAGAACAUCCUUUCAUAUUUAUAAAACUAUUCAUAGCAGUUAACUUUAUGGUGCACUAUUAAUUUUAAUGUCAAUAAUUUUAUAACAUAAUCUAAAACUAUAGACUGAUGUCGUCACUGCGUGAAGUCUUAAUUAGAAUAGCACUAUUACAAAGGAAGACGUUUAUUGAAACAAAAAAUCGCACAUUAAAAUGCUUAAAAUGGCACUCCUUGAUGGUGCGAUCAAUGAAAAAUGUUGCAGUGUUGACGGAGGAUGGGGUAUUUGCCCUCUUUUUUCAUCACCACCCCGGGGGAUUUGACAGCUCGAGAGUCCCCACCCCUGGGAGUUUGCCAUCCAAGGGAAAAAUAAUGGUAAUUCACGGGGGUGAGGUCAAGGAAGGGGGGAGGGGGGUUGGGUGCAGCUGGAAUUGACUGAUGCAUAAACUUUAUGAUCUCAGUGAUAAAAUAAUCAUAUGUGCUGAUUCCUCUCUUUCUAGGUCAAACACCAUUCUUUACAUGUGACAAAUGCAAUGUGAAUAAGCAAAAUCUAUUGUUUUUGUUCAUUAGCAUAAGAUUCAUUGAGUUUUGUUCCUGGCCUCAAUGUAGGCGCAGACCUAGGUUAAAUAUUGACCAAUUUCCUAAACGUGUGCAUGCAAAAGGCGCAAGUUUCUAGCGGGGUGUGGGGGCAUGCGCCCCUGGGAAUUUUUUUGCGUUUGACUUCCCUUAAGUCACCUUUUCUGGCUUUUGGAGUCAUUCUGGCAGGAUAUUGGCCAGAUUUUAACUUAGAAAGUUUUUUUUCCUCAUCAAAAAAAACAAAAUAAAUUUUACGAAAAAUCUGACUGUUUUUGUUAAAACAGUGGAAACCAGUGUGGAUGCUUGCUUGUAAUGACCCACUUAAAGCAAAGAUUUUGCAAUAAAUGUCUUCAUAGAGCCAAGGGCUGCAACGGAUGACCACACUGAGGGGUUUGCAGUUGUGGGUUCAAAUAUUACCAUUGGGUUGUUUCUUAAGAAAAUUAAUUUUGCUCCUGUUUGUCCCCCUAAUUGAGAAGGACAGAGGGGUUAGGAGCCUGGGAGAAUAGGAAGAAGGAGGAGUACAGGAGGUCAGAGAGUAUGGGGGAGGUGGGAAUUCUAAAAGGGUGGGAAGUGGGAGAAAUAGGGAGAAAAUAUUAUGCAAAAAUGCUUUAUAUUUUUUUUGAAAGGGGCUAAUGGAAGGAACCCAAGAAGUAAGGGAUGGGAACUGCCAAUCCAGUGUACCAGAGGUGGGAGUUUUGGUGGACCUUCUCGUUCUCCCCUGUUCCCUGCUCCCUCUCUCACCCACUGAGGGUAACCCUUCAGUGGCUUAGGUCUUGUGCCUAGCAUCCCAAUCAGGAAGGAGGAGAAGCAGUGCUUCUACUGUAGGUUUUUUUGAUGCUUCAUGCCACAAAAUGGAGGUUGUGAACUCUGGGCUUCUAAUUCCUAGUGGCUUGUAAUGCACUGUUGAUUUCUCAACACUUCAUGAUUCAAAUGUGACCAAUGUGAAUAAUUUUCUAAUAGUCCAUGGAUAUAUAUUCAGGAGAAAAGGUUUUGAGAAAAUCAUGAAUAAAUUAACCAGCAAGCUGUGGCUUGAGUAAUAUGUAUUUGUUUAUUCCUGGUUAUGUCAACAGAAACGAAGACCUAUUGGGACUGUUUUUGAAAUCCUCAUUCCGAUUGUUGUGAUGGGCAUUCUUAUUCUAAUUCCAUUGUAAGUAUAUUCACAUGCAUUUAACUGUAUAUUUUGCCAGCAAGUGUACAUUUUGUACAUUUACAAAUUGUGGUAAAAAAUUGUAGAUUACUCUUAUUUUUCUGCUGUGAGAACAGGAACUGCAAGAACUUUGCUGUGGAUCAGGCACAAGUUGGGAAGUUUUAUGACAGGCAAUUGCACCUCCUUUUUUUUUAAUAAAAAAAUACCACUAAAACAUUUUUUUUCCCUCUAUUAGGACAUCACCAUCAGCACGAGACGAAUGUUUUUGUAAGUGUCAUUCCUUAACAAAACUGAAAAAUUCAGUAAUAUUUUGAAGCUGUAAUGAGGUACUAAAGUGUUGAGACACUUCUGUAAAUUGGCCCCUUAAUUUUGCAUGUGGACAUACCUAUCCCCUUCCCCUGUGUACCCACACCCCCUUCCCUCAAAACUGAUGGUUUAUUUUAGACAAAUCAGUAUUUGCUAUAAAGUGAACAGUAUAUAUGUGAAACUUAAUGCCACAACAGUGUGUUUUGCUUUCUUUUAGCUGUAUAUCAAUCAACAGAGAUUGAUGUGAGCAACAUGAAGUACGAUGGUGGAAAAUUGGCUUUCUUCCCACAAACUGAAAUAGGUAUCAGUUUUAGAUUCCAAGUUAGAUGAUGAUGAUGAUGAUGAUGAUGAUGAUAAUGAUAACGAUAAUAACGCAGUUGAAGCUCUUGUAAGUGACCACCUCUGAAAUUCGAAAAAGUGGUUGUAACUAGAACACACUGCAGAAUGCCACUUUAGAUUAUGGUGAUAAUGACGACAUGAUGAUUGAAAAUUAAUGCUUAUGCAAAUUUUGGGGGGAUAAACAAGGCUUUUUUUGGUCAAUGUGAAAGUGGUGAAUUGUAUACAAAAGUGAGUUAAGGAUUAAGAAAUCAACUCACUUAUUGUUUUUAAAUAGUUUUGCACAUAAUAUUUUGAUACAAUAUAUGUCAUUCAUACUUACUUUAAUUCUUUUUAGUGUCGAAGUUGAUGGCAAGAGUUGAAAACAUUACAGGUUUGGAAGCUGUUAGUACCAGUAACACUACUGGCAAGCCAUGGUCAUCUGGGGCUAGUAUGGCUGCUGAAGUAUCUGAGAAAGAUCAAAACUACUAUUUUGGGGGUAAGCAAAUGCAAAAUGCCUUAUAACCCAAGAAAACAAAAAAUAACAACAAACAAUUUUACAAAAACAAAGCAAGAAGAAAAGCAAACAGACAAUGAAAAACAAAACAAAAUAGAAAAGAAAAAGAAAAAUGCAGUGUUGGUUGGAAUGACAGUGCUCCAAGUUACAGAGCUUAUAAUUCUGGCAAUUGUGAUUGUCCUUUGUAUUCACUGAGGAAAAUCUCAGUCAGCUGUACAGUGAAACCUCUAUUAAGUGGACCCCCAAUUAAGCGGACACCCUCUAUUAAGUGGACACUAAGCCAAUGGUCCCGAAAUUAAUGUCUUAUAUAUUUUCCUUCUUAUGAACCCCUAUUCAGCGGACAGCUCUAUUAAGCAGAUGCAGGCACUAAAGUAAAUUGUAUUUGGCUAAUUUCUAUUGUUAAUAACCUCUAUUAAGUGGACACCAGACUGAAUUGUCUUGACAAUAGUAGUAGUGGAUUACAUCCUUGAAAUACGUACUGUUGUCAAUUAAUAAAGAUAAAUCAAUACAUUUAGCUGUCAGUAAACUGUAGAUUAGACGGAAAGUCUUUGCACGAAGUACAGCACCGCUUCCUUAGCUUCCUUAACAACGUGGAACUUUAUCACAGUACAGAGUAUUACCGUUGAAAGUUAAUCGUUAAAAAACAUUGCUCAAUUUUUGCAAACCUUAAGCAGACACCCUCUAUUAAGCAGACACUUAGGAAGGUCCUAAAGGUGUCCUCUUAAUAGAGGUUUCACUGUAUUUUACAUUACCAACCUCAAAAUUGUGUACCAAGGGUAUUAGACAAAUAUCAUCCUUUUUUAUUUCAGCCAUUGAGUUUUUAAUUGAUGAUGAGGACAGUCUUCCAAAGCAAGUCAAGUAUGCCAUUCGCUUGAGGUCUGAGGUAUAUUCACCAUGGAACACAGACUCGACUUAUCCACAGUACAUUCCCGAUAGCCCUGAUACAUGGUAAAUAAUGAUAAGCUCUCAAUGUAUUGAUGUAAAUGUAGUUAUUUGAAAAACAUGCUGAAUUUGGACAUCAUACAUUCAUCGUUAAAUUUUGUCACUGUAUCACACAUUAUGACACGAUUGUGCUUAAAACAGUGCUGCUUAUAUGAUGAAUUCACCCAUUCACCCUUGAAGAUCUUUUCAAAAACUGCGGCUAUUUGAAGGUUAAGCCAAGCAGUUUUAUGACCUCCAGUCAUGAAAUGAUGUCUGAGGAAUGAGUGCAGAAAUGUCCAUACUAAUGACCUAUCACUAUACCCAUAAUAUUCUGUUGAAGAUCAGUCAAAGUAAAUUUCCCUUGUGGCACAACCCAAUCAGAAGAACUGUUACUCAGAUCCGGGUAGUGAUACGUUAUUAUUAUGAUAUUUCUGGGCUUGUUCCUCAGACAUUUUGUGGGGAGAUCGACCGAGUGGUGGUAUUAUAGCGAAAUGUCAACUCGUUUCUUAGACCACAUGUAGAACAAAAGUGGGCAUUGAUGGAAAAACUUGGAGCCAAUUAAAAUGGAUUGCAGUUGUGGAUUUUGAACUUGCUAGCCAAGUAGUUUUCAAAGUUCAUUUUUGUUGGUUGACACAAAGCUUUGAUUUUGUUUAGUGUCUCUAUGACUGAAGAAAUAAACCCACUUUUUUUAUGUUUUAGGCGAGGUUCAAAUGUUGAACUUCUAGUAUGCAAAAUGAGAUGCUACCCUUUGGUUUUCAGCAUAUUACAAAAUGGAAUAAAAUUAUUAUCUACUGACGUUUCAGCUGACAUUUGAGCUUUGAGAGCAAGGGACUAACUACUGUACCACUUUAUCCUGUUCUUUUUUUUCCUCAGGAGCCAAUAUGAUUACAAGUUUUUGCCACUUCAGUAUGCAAUUGAUACUGCUAUCAUGCAAAUGCAAGCUGCCUUGUCACAUGGCAUUCCUGUGAAAAUGAAGGCGAGUAUAUAAAUUAUGCAGACAUGAAUGGUUACAUGUAGGCCUUCACUAUUAAUUUCACCGCGUAACUUGUUAAUUUACGGUAACAAAAACCUCAUGGUCUUGAGGAUUGGGGUUUUAGGAAGUUUGCCUUUGUCAUCGUCAUCUUUAUUAUCACUACCAUCGUCUUCAUCAUCGUCAUCAUCAUUGCCAUCUUCAUCAUAGCCAUCAAUAUCAUCAAAGUCAGUGACAUCAUCAUCAUUAUCAUCGCAGCCAUCUUAUCAUCCUCACCUUCAUCAUCAUCGUCAUCGCCAUUUCCAUUUCCAUCAACAUCACCAUCAUCAAUUUCAUCAUCAUCAUUUUCAUCAUUGCCAUAAUCAUUAUUGUCAAUUUCUGGAGUUGCUAUAAAUUUGGCUUGUUCUUGGUUAGCUUGUUCUUAUAUUAUAUAAUCUUGUUGCACAAACCAUAACUUUGUGUUUUUCCUGCUGGAUAGAUUUUUCCUUACCCAAACUAUACAACAAAUUUUGGGAUGAAUAUGGUAUCCCUGUUUAUGCCUCUGCUGGUUAUGUUGGGCCUGAUGUACUCAGCUAUGACAAUUAUCAAGGUAGUACAAUUACAAUGGAAUCGUUUUCUUGUCAUAAUUGUUUUGUGCAGAAACAUCUUUAAUUCCCUUAGUUCUCAGAAUAACAAUGUUUGCUUGGGCAAGGUGUAUUUCUUAGUAUGAAACAAAACAAAUUAAGUUACAACGUCUCAUGAAAAAUUUUCGGGCUUCUUAAUAUUCAAAAAUCUCCUAAUCUAGAUCUAUUACAUGUAUUUGAUAUUAGUGUAUUGUAUACCUGCCAACUUUUCCUGAGAUAUAAGCGUGAGAUUUUUAUCGUAUGAGUGCUGGGAUUUUUUAAGACGACACGAUCAUUUCCGAAGAUUCCCGAAGAAGUCCGAAGGUCUUCCGAAGACGUCCGAAGUCUUCCGAAGACGUCCGAAGUCUGUCAAAGGCGAGAUCGCGAGGAAGGUAUUGUCAUUUAUUCAUUUUACACAUGGUUUUCGUUCCUUACAUGGGUCUGAGUUAACAUAUUUUUGAAAAUUGUGUCAAGCAAGACGGCAACAACUCACAUUUUUCAAUCAGGCGUGAGAAAUUGGCCCGCAAGCGUGAGCCGGCGUGAGAUCGAAGUUUUCAACCCGCAGGCGUGAGACUCACGCUCAAGGCGUGAGAGUUGGCACGUAUAGUAUUGUGGAGAUUUCUCUUUCUAGUAUAGCAUAGUUUUGGCUUGUAUUCUGUGGAAACAGGUGAUGAACGUUUUCCUUACAAGUGUAGUUGGGUUUGCCCAAAAAAAAGAACUUUUUAACGAUUUUUUUGCUAUUUAAAACUAGUAUAAAGCUGUGCUGUUUAGUUCAUUUGAAAAAUGUUUGCAGUACAUUAUUAGUACUAGCCUAGCUAUGUGGUUGUAUUUAAAAUUGGAGGUUGGUUACAGGUUUUGACUAAACUUUCUGUUAUAUGUAUGACUUACAUGUACUAUUAUGUGGAAUAAUUUUGCUAGGAGCUGGUUCUUGAGAAACAGAGCCGCUUAAAGGAAUCAAUGAAGAUGAUGGGACUGCCAAACUGGGUUCACUGGAGUGCAUGGUUCACAAAAAACUUGCUGUUUCUUCUCAUCUCUGUUGUUAUAUUUGUCAUUGCACUCAAGGUAAGUUAGAUUAAUGGGGGAGAUUGCAUCUCUCAGUACAGUUGUUUGUAACUUUAUUAAAAUCGUUUGAGCAAAGUAUAAAUCUCGUAAACAAUAUGCGUUCUUUCACUGACAAAUUUUAAAAUGGGCAAAGUCCAACAUCUUCACGUGCAAAUUGUGUGUAUGAGUUAUUUUUAUAAUCCUGUUUACUAUAUUACUGUGUCAUAAGUCCAAUUCCCUCACGUACGAACCACGAAAGGGGGCAAAGUCCAACACUUUCCCGUACCAGAAGUGUGACUGCACAUCUCAUGUUGGCUUUUCACGGUAAUAGUAACUUGAACGUAUGAAGACCAGUUUCGUUUUGUAACCAAUGCCUUAAAAAAGGCUCUUGUCUUUUAAGAAGCAAUAGCUUUUAAAACGUGAAGAAUUAAGUUGUCAGAGUUAAAGACUUUUUCACUGAGUAGAAUCGCACGUGAAAACCUCGUGAAUGAUUAUGCAACCAUCUACCAUAAUGAUAAAAAUCCUGGUAUUUCGUAACUAUUCGGUAUUCGAUGAACCACAUUUUCUUAAGAAACUCCAAGGAAACCUUAGAGUUUUCCUUCUGAUCUACGUUUGGUGAGUUGAUAUUUAUUGUACUUUAACAAUUUGUUUAACUUGCACCAGAUGUAUCACUCAGGGAAAGACAGAGCGGGAAAGUGAAUAUAUAGCAUGAGGAUCGACUCAGCUGAGCGUUUCGCGUUUUCAUUCAUUUACCGCAAUGCCCAAUUUUUGCCCAAAAACCCAGUCUACAUUUAGCAUGAACAGAUUAACAUCAACAUCGGUGAUCAAGCGAUCAAGACAACAGAUAAUAUCAAGCUACUGGGUGUGAACUUCGACGAGAAUUUAAUUUAUAGCCAACAUAUUAGCGAAUUAUGCAAAAAAGGCCAGUCAAAGGGUGGGCGUUCUCGCCAGGUUAAGAAACUUAAUUACUACGGAGGCUAAACUAUUACUUUAUAAAACUGCUAUCAUGCCAUAUCUCACCUAUUGUCAUCUCACAUGGCAUUUCUGUAAGGCGUCGGAUACAAGAAAGGUUGAAAGAAUUCAAGAGAGGGCACUAAGGAUAGUUUAUAACUCACAUUCAGAAACGUAUAUGAACUUAUUAGAUCGUGCUAAACUACCAAGCCUUCUUAAUAGGAGAUUACAAAACAUAAAUAUACUCAUGUACAAGGUUAAAUAUAGGCUAGUUCCUGAUUUCAUUUGUGACAUUUUCAGUACUAAGUCUUGUAAUUAUAAUAUUAGAAACCAAAAUUUUGAUAUUCCUAGAUUUAAUUCUGUAUUGUAUGGUAAACACUCUCUUAGAUAUCUUGGACCCUUUUUAUGGAACAAGCUAGAUAAAAACAUCACUGAAACGAGCAGCCUAUCUAGGUUUAAGUUUUAUAUUAGAUGUAAGGAUCUUACUGAACUGAUAAAUGGCAACAAUUACUCCGCGUGCGUAAUUUGCACCUCUUAAGUUGUGCCCGUGUUCCUAAAAUUGUUUUGAUUAUUUUAGCAUAUUGUAAAUGUAUAUAUAUAAUAUAUAUAGGAUUAUACUAUAGCUUCUUUUAUAGCUUUUUUAUUUCUUAUCUUUUAUUUAUCGUAUUAUUCAUUAUUUAUUUUAUCUUUAUGUUGUGUCCCCAAUUAGCGUCAGCUAAAUACAUCGACACAUGAAUAAAGUUCAUCAUCAUCAUCAUCAUCAUCAUGAUAAACGUAGAUUCAUCACUCUUGGUAAGGUUUACACUAAAGCAUUCAAAGUAGCUCAUGCAUGUUAAACGUGCCUAUGUUUCUUAAAGGAAAUGUAUGGAGAUCAGUGUAGAGAAUUUGUAUGUGGAUAUUGGGACAUAACAAAUGUAGCCACUGUGACCUGCAGAUUGUUCAGAUAAUUCGCCUUGUGAAGGAUCGACAAUCACAUGUCAGUAUUUUACGCACUUUUGAAAGUUUUCCUUACUUUAGUUUUGUUUUUAUUCUUUCUGUAGGUCCUGGUGUUUAAAUAUUCAGACGUGACUGUGUUAUUAGUUCUGUUUCUCCUUUACAUCUUUGCCAGCAUCUUAUUUUGCUUCUGUGUUAGGUAAAGAAUUAUUGUUCCUUCAUUUUUUUAAAUUCCAACUUGUUUUGUGCUUUUCCCAACAUGGGCCUUCACCGCUAUCUAAACGACUUUAUUGACUUGCUCCCCGCCGCCAGAGCGCCCCGGAGAGCUUGCUUGCAGCCUAGCAAAACAACAACUCUGUAACUCGUGGCUAAAUUUCAGAAAUGAUGUUUGUUGGUUCUUUCCUUUGCUCCGGGAGGUUUUUCUCCCGGGACUCCGGUUUUUCCCUGUCCUCAAAAACCAACACUUCAAACUCCAAUUCAAUCUGGAAAGGACGAACACGUUUAAUCGCGUUUUUAAGAACUCUUAAGUGUUUCGUGGGUAAGCAAAUUACAAUUUUUUCUUUACAUCCGCAAAUCCGAAGCCACGCAUGCGCACAGUUAUGCCAGACAAGCGUGGACCCACUCUCUCAGAGCUGGGAUUAUUUUCUUUCGAAUCGCAGCGCUGAGUAAAAGCAAUAAAGGCUCUGUGAAUGAGAAUGGCGUUAACCGUUUUGAUAUUUGAGACUUGAUUUCUAUCUUUGCAGUGUGUUUUUCUCGCGUCCUGUUCUUGGAAUGCUUCUUGGUGCGCUAAUCUGGAUCGCAACACUGGUACCCUACUUUGUAGUGUAUAAUGACAGUAAAUACAAAGCAAUGACCAGGUACCAAAUACAUGUUUACUUAACUAGUAAUAACCAAAGGUUAAGAAGUGCAAGUGAGUUUCAUGCUUCUGAUCGAAGGUCAAAACGUCCUUGCUACAACGCUGGUGUUUUGCGUAAGUGAUGCGUAAUAGAAGGUCAAAACGCAUGUGUUUAGGUUACGAGUGAUAGACGGCUUUUCGGCUUAUCAGUUUCAAGUCCAAUUUAUAGAAACAACCAAAAUACAACAAGAAAGACGAAGGAAAUUUUUCUUUUAACAUUGGUAAAAUCGUGACCCCUUGUCGAUGUCGAAUGUCCCGCCAUUUUGAGCCUGCGCUCUUUAAACUACUUCCUAGAAAGAACUCUAGUCUCCCUGUAUGACGCUACUAUGUGAUGAUAAUACUUUAGCCUGCGAAUUCAGACGUCUCUCCCUCCUCGUCCCUCGCCGCUAACUUCCUGCAGGCAUGUGCGCAAAUUUCUUCUUAGCAGCUUUACAUCUUCCGUUGUCACCCAAUAGUUUCUGAUUCAAAUUCUGCGUGCGCGUAUGUAGUAUUAGCUUACUUUGAAACGAACUCUUCAUGGGCAAUUUUAUCUAAGGAGUGCCACACAUGCCGUGCGGUACAAACUAACUAGUAGGCUGAUUUAGCAACAGAACGAGAACGUCAGUUGACGACGGCGCGCGCAAAUCAAACAACUGGUUUGGCCAAUCGCAGAGCAGCAAAUUGGGCACCGGAAGUCGAGUUUAGUCCUUUCCGCGCGCUUUCCCGGCGUCAAAUGACGUUCCCGUUCUGUUGCUUAAUCAGCCUAGUAAUGAAUUGCCAAGCCGGAUCUUACGUUGAUAUUUUCAUCACCUAAAUUAGAACGCUCUAGUCCUUCUAUUGACCACUCUGCCGAUGGGCGUGCAUACAUAUCAACUGGUAAACUUCAGUCUACGUAUAUGUGGAUUUCCUUUACAGAUCAGAAAAGGCCGGCGCUUGUCUGUUGCCAAACACCUGUUUGGGUCUUGCAGCCAAACUCUUCGCGCAGUUUGAGACCAUCCGAGUUGGAAUCUCUUGGAAACAGGUUUCCGAGUACCCUUCACCCGAUGAAAAUUUCAAUAUGGUUUGGGUGUUUUGCAUGCUGUUAGCUGAGUGUGCAAUUUUUGGCACUAUCACCUGGUGAGUGGACCGUAAAUGUGAAGUAAGACACGAAUGAUUACCGUAAGCCUCCGUUUGAUACAUCUUCGUAAGGCUUUUCAGGGGGGCUCACGAACAGAGAACUGUAAAUCCGGGGGGAGGAGGCUUAGUACUGUAGUACAUAUAACGAACCACAUAGAGAUCAAACCGGGGGCGGGGGGUGACCAGAGGGCUUAUAACCGAAAUAACGAAACAAGAUAUAAUAGUGCUGAUUAAAAUUCGUUCUUCAUUUACAGUCAACUCCCUUUAUAGCGGACACUGUAGGGACCUCAAGUUAGUGUCCUCAUUAGCGAGAGUCCGUAAUAGCGGGAGUUUAUUUCAGUCAAACGUCUGUAAUUUGGUUUUUCCUGGGAUUUAACUGCUGUCCGUUUUAUCGGGGUGUCCGUUAUAGCGAGGUGUCCGCAAGGCGAGAGUUGACUGUAUUGGUUUUUAAUUAAGCUUCUAAACUUCAUUAAAAAUUCAAACGUCAUGAUCAUUUCAAUACCGGCUCGAUGGGGGCUUCUUAUCAGAUUUGUUCACAAUUAGAUAGGCCCAUACAUAAAUGGAGAGGGGGACUUAUGAGUAAGGAGUUUAUAAGCGGCAGUUUACGGUAGUCAAUGUAGGUCUAAAUAGCUAGAACACAAAAGGGAAAGAAAUUCACUUUCACUGACAUCACCUUUUUCUUCACUAGGUAUGUUGAGGCGGUAUUUCCCGGAGAGUAUGGAAUCCCCAAACCAUUCUACUUCCCAUGUAUGCCGUCAUAUUGGUGUGGUGUUAACAGCCCCAAGGUAAAUCCCGACAAUGACGAUAGAGAGGAGGAGUCGUUACGUCACGUUGCCAUGGUAGCAAAAAUUUUGGAUGACAACAAACCGAAAAAGUCACCUAAAAGUCUAUUCGCACUAUUUUAAACUUCACUGAUCUUAUUCAAUUUCAUUUAAUUUGUCAAAUCUUUGCGAAAUUUUCUUUCGGACCGUAUCUAUCGUAUCUAAGUUAAGAAAAGGAAAGCGACAAUUUUUGUAUGUGUUCACCUACUCCAUAAAGCGGGCUUUUGAAAUUAGGAAGUUUCAUGUCGUAGUGGUGCAAUGGCAAAUGUACAAAAUGGCGUGAUGCACGUCCAAAGUUGUUGAUUGAUAAUAUGAACGUAUUAUUUUUUGCGGUUCCGCCUUGCCGUCGCGUCGCCGUCGUCGUUGGUUUUGUUGUCAUCCAGAAACAAAUCCAUGCUACCAUGGUAACGUGACGUCACACUUCUCUAUAUUAGAAAGUUCCUAAGUAGGAAGGAUUGAUUAUGAAAAUAAUUAUGCUGAGAGUACCUUAACAAAUUUAUCCGUCAAGUAGUACUGUGCCUAUUGACCGUGGCUUAAAGUAUAGGACUUGAAUGUUGAAGAAAUAAAUUUCUGUGCUAGUAUUAAGAAUGUUUUUUCCUCGUUUGUUUUAGCUGAAGUGCCCUUGCGACGAUGAGGCAUGUUCGAAUAAAAAAUGAAUUUCAUGAUCAUACUUUCUGUCACUCUGCCAGGCGCGGUUAUGAAACAGGUCAAGUGGCUGUUGAUGUCUUCUACAAUGUCUGUGGAAAACGUCAAUUGGCACCAUCAACAGCCUAGGCGAAAAUACAGACUGUUUUGUAGUCUAGGUUAAGUGCGCGCGCGUGAUCUGUCAAAGGAAAGGCCGGAAGUGAGGAUAAAAGCGGAGAGUGAGACUGGGGAGAGACGCGAAAGAGAGAUACGUUUUUCCAGUCUCUUGCUGUACACGUGUGAGGCCCACGCGCUUUCGCGAAAAUAUCACGCCGGCCCUUUCACCUUGCAAAACCGAUCUUGAGAAAAAACCCGACUGUUUUUCAGUCUACCAACAGCCCUAUUAAAAACUACACUCACCCAGAUAAUCGUAUCCAAACUAAAACUUACGCGCCAUUUAUAUGGAGAGAAAUUGUCCCGGGAACGAGGGUCACCAUCCCAGCCGAGUCAACUAAAGCGAGCGGUCACUGGAGAAAAAAAGUUGACCCAUUUAUCCCAUCCAAGAGCUGACAACGGUGCUCGCACCUUGACCGAGUUGACCCGGCUUGGCGAGUUAGUAUUUUUAUGUGGAGAAAAGUUGGCCCAGCUGCGAGAGUGACACUGCCGUCAAAUAAGGGUGACCCGUCAAAUAAGGGUGACCCGGGAAAGCGGGUUACCCUGCUAUCAAAUAAGGGUGACCCGGGAAAGCAGGUUACCCUGCUAUCAAAUAAGGGUGACCCGGGAAAGCGGGUUACCUUGCUAUCAAAUAAGGGUGACCCGGGAAAGCAGGUUACCCUGCUAUCAAAUAAGGGUGACCCGGGAAAGCAGGUUUACCCUGCUACCAAAUAAGGGUGACCCGGGAAAGCGGUUACCCUGCUAUCAAAUAAGGGUGACCCGGGAAAGUAGGUUUACCCUGCUAUCAAAUAAGGGUGACCCGGGAAAGCGGGUUACCCUGCCAGCCGAGCUAACUUUUGUUUCUGAUGUUCACCUGUAUACGGUUCGCCAAGUUUUCUAACUACAGGAAAUGUAGGAAAAGUUGGCUCGACCAGUGUAGCUCGGAUAUUUGAGUGACUACCCCUCCCCUAAACCAACAUUAACGCUUACUUUUCACGUAGGGCAAAAUGUUGACUUAGGGGACGGAGGGGUAGGUGGGCAGUUGCCCAGAAACGUAAAAUUAACCUUAUGGGGCAUUAACCUGUUUAGUCGUAGACUACAAUACAGCGAGUUUAGAUCUCUAACUUUUAAAUCUGCUUAAAUUUGCUGAACAGGAAAUGAAUGUGAUCUUGAAUAAUAGUGCUGAAUCUUCUGAUGACGAUGCGGAUGGAAAGGCAGAUGUUGAAGAUGAACCGGACUUGCCAGUUGGUGUUGCCAUUAAAAGGCUUCGGAAAGUUUUCAAGGUACAUGCAUGUUGUUCUUACACUAAUUGCCCCAUGUUAGGGAAUCCGGAUUCUGGAAUCGCGGAAAUUUUUGCCCGUGGAAUAAGGGGUUCCUGGGCUUUGGAAUCCGAAAUACAGCUCAAGGAAUCCGGAAUCCCAAGUCCCACUGACAAAAAAUCUGGAAUCCACGACGUGGAAUGUCUUGGAUUCUCUUGCAUGGAGCGAUAUUUUCACCCUUCCCCCAUUUUUAAAGGAACAACGGUGAAGAUGUGUUUGUUGUGGCUCAAGACUUGUUAUGUACUAGACUGCUAGCAGUCUCUCUUUUUCUUCAAAAUUAGUGAGGGGAAUGUACCGCGCGCGAGUGUCGCAAUCACGCGCGUGGUCAUUUUACUAUCUCGCGCGUUUCGCUCGACAGACUAAGGGCGCCUUCCAUUUGUCAGAACUGACCGGCCAGCCCUUCCCCAUCGUAAUGAGAAUUUCACUUUUAAUCUCAACUAACCAUCCACAUCAGUCACAUCGUAAAUAUCAUGCACAAAGGAGAUGGUUUUUCAGCAAAACCUCUUCGAGAAAGCCUAUUUCAUUGCCAAAAUGUCUCGUCUGGCCAUGGUCCGGCCAGCCAGUUCUGACAUUUGGAAAGAGCCCCAAGAGAAAAUUAGGGACUGCUCGUAGGCUAGUUAUGUAUAUGUAUAAUAACGAACUUCUAGUCUACAUUUGUAACACACUUUAAGAGAAAAAUAAUUCGAUUGUUCUUUCACAUCUUCCGCUUUUAAACCUAACAUUUUACGACAUUUUUAUUGCAAAGGGAUCUUCAGGCUCGAAGGUGGCCGUAGAUGAUCUGUCGCUGAAUAUUUUCAAAGGUCAAAUAACAGCUCUUCUAGGACACAACGGCGCAGGAAAAACCACGACCAUAUCGAUGUUGACGGGACUGUUUCCGCCUACAGACGGCUCUGCUGACGUUAAUGGUUUGAGUAUCAUUUCAGACAUGGAUGCUAUUCGAGAAAGCCUUGGUUUGUGUCCCCAGCAUAAUGUACUGUUUGACAGGCUAACAGUCAAGGAGCAUCUGGAUUUCUUUAUCAGCUUAAAGGUAUGAGUUAAAGCAGCUUUCACUGAAGUUUUUUUUUCGGGCAUACGUUUUAAGCAAAGGGAAGCGAUAAAGAGUCUCGCCGAAUUCGCGAAGUUGGGGAAAAUUCAGCAGAUUUUGAGGCCUUAAAAAGUCAUUUGCGAACUUUCAUGAACCCCUCGAAACAGUGUCUCGUCACAAUUCAAACACCUCAAAGUUAGGGGUCAAAAAAGCUUGGUACAGUAAUGUUUCAUAGAACACUACUCCUAAUAAAAAUCUUUGGAUCGGCUUUGGGUUCAUCCCUUCAUCUCCUAUUUCCCCCUGCAAUGUUGUGCCCCAAAAAAGUGAGUUUUGAGUUUUGCUUAUAUCACGUUAAACAUACCGCCAUUGUGGGCCCCAUAUUUUCGGUGUUUGGUAAGUGAUAAAACACUUUUUCUCGUGUUUGCCGUAUUACUGAAGUUAUUUUGUUAGAGUUCAUCCCUUCUGAGUAACAAUUGGCUCAUUUGUAGGGCAAGUUUGGUGUAGAAGCUCUCAAUGAAGUGAACGAAAUGAUCGGUGACAUUCAGCUGGUGGAUAAGAGCAAUACUGUAUCAUCCAAACUGUCUGGAGGAAUGAAAAGAAAGUUAAGGUAUCAUAACAAACUCAUAAAAUGUUGCUUAUAGUAAUUCCAGCUGAACAAAACAGUUUUCACGUUUACAGCUAUUUCGAGAAAGGUUGUCGGAAAAAGUGCACGCGACAAUCCCGAAAGGUAUUGUGGGUGGUUUUGAAUUCACUGUUUUGCAAAGGAGUUUGAAAGAAUGACACGAGAGGCCAUGGACUUAUGUUUGCGAUUGCUAAAAGAAAGCAACAAAAGUAGGUUCGACAGCUACAGUGUCAGGAACAGUGUAUUGAUCAUAUCCCAUAUUACCUUUCGGGAUUGUCGCGUGCACAUUUCUCUUGCGACAACCUUUCUCGAAAUAGCUGUAUUUAGGAGGCAGAGUGGCAGACUGGCCAGCGCGUCAGACUCACAGGUUCGAGACCCGCUCUGGUCACUUGCGAGAUUUGUUCUCGGUUGUCCCGAGUUCAAAACCUAGGCUACGCGUACACGCAGUGCCUGUAAAGUACAAUGAAUGACAAAAGAGUUGAGACACUUUCAUAAAACGGCCCCUUUUUGCACAGUGGACUUAUCUAUCCUCUCCCACUGUGCCCCCCCCCAAAAAAAAAACAACAACAACAACAACUGUCCAACAAAGAAUCAAACUUGUCUUUUAGACCCGGCUUUCUUCAACUGCAAACAACAUUGAUUCAGGGGUGGGGGGAUUUACAACCUUUAAACAAGAUUGGAUUAUAUAUGAAUGAACUUGUUGCAGGAGCCCAUAAUCAGGAGCGAGCAACUUCCAUGUGCUCGUGUCACGGCGUUUUCACGGACCAGUUUGUUUUUAGAACGGGUUUUAUGCGAAUUUUGAAUAUCGUUUAAAUUCCACAAACCAGUCAGCAAAACCUACAGACCUAAAAAUGAUAUUUUUUGCCUUUUAAGAAUGUUUAGUUUUCCUUUUUAAUAUCUUAUACUUCAAAUGCGCUCAUAGACAUGGUGGAGAUUCUAUUUUCGCGGGAAAAAGUGCCCUAAAAUGUGUCUAAAAAUAUACUGGUUCCUAAAAAUUCCGUGACAUAGGCCUAGUAUGGGAGUCACUCGCUCCCAGUUAUGGGCUCCUGCUUGUUGCUAAAAGCGCUUGGUUUAGACAAGUAUGUUAGAGUGAUCAGCACUGAAUUUCUCCUUGUAAUAUCAAUGCUUUGUAAAACAGAGUGGUCAUGAAAAUUACAGACGUGAUGACACAAGAUGAAUUUGCUUGAUAUUUUGUCAAUUUCUCCCCAAUGCUUCUGUGGGAAAUGAACAGGGGGAACAAAUGAGAAUUCAAAUUUUGAUCCUAGGGUUUAAAGGGUUAAAACCUUGCCACUGCCUCAUAUGAAAGCUAAAUAUUUUCGUAUUCUUUUCUUACAUCCGUCAUGAUUUCCUUAUUUUCUUAGCAAUGUAUCCGCGAGUUCCCCAUAGAUUGCACUGAAGGUUUUUGGGAAACUGCCCAUCUACCCCUCCCAUAAGCGACCAUUUUGCUCUAAGUGAGAAGUAAGUAUUAAUGUUAGCUUAUGGGAGGAGUAGGUGCGCAAUUUCCCAGAAACCUACAUUGAUCCGAUGUUAAUAUUCACAGUUGCGCUAUUGCCCUUAUUGGAGGAUCUGAAAUUGUUUUCUUGGAUGAGCCCACCUCGGGAAUGGACCCCUACGCCAGGCGAGGCACCUGGGAUUUGCUACUGAAACACAAAGCAGGACGAACCAUCAUUUUGACCACUCACUUUAUGUAAGUGUUGCCCAGGGGCUUGAUACACAUCGGUGGACGUAAGAUGCGUUGUCAAAAAGCACAGUCAUCGAUACAAGAUUAGAAAAAAAUCUUAAGAAAAUUAUUUAGUUCAGAUCUUGAAAUUCCGGUCUUAAGGUGCUUAUUGCUAAUAUCAUAAAAAAAGAAGAAAAUUCCCCCGCUGUGAGUGAUUUUGGCUGUAAUUUAUAAAACGAGCAGGAGUUUAUUAUCCGGUUUAAAAAUUCGAGGCUUCGUCUCCUAUUGAUAAAACACGAUUCCGAUUUUUUUGAACGGCUUCAAAAGCUCUGAUAUAGAUGAACUAAUUCUUGCAUUAAUAUUUAGAUUUAAAGUUAUUUGCCUCCAAAAAAUUGGACGUAACGUUUAUCCGUGUCUUUGUUAGGUACACUUAUUAAACAGGAAUUUAUUUUGUGUUUUGUUUUUUCUUUAUGAAUUAUUAAUGAGUUUUUGAAGCUGGAAGCGAAGCAGUUUUUGAAUUCAUACAAAAAAAUCGGACAUGAAUAAACCACAGGACGGUCUCAUUUUUGAGAACUUAAGUAUGUUUUCUGAACAAUGCCGAUGGGCCAAAAGAUCAAUGACGAUAUAAUAUACCGAUUUUUUUUUUUGCAGGGAUGAAGCAGACUUGCUUGGAGAUCGAAUCGCUAUUAUGGCUGAUGGGCAGUUACGUUGUUGUGGAAGUUCUUUGUUUCUCAAAAGCCGGUUAGCUGCAUCGUUUUUAAUUACUUGUUAUGUAACAGCAAAAUAUUUCUUUGCAUCACACUAGAAACGAAGUUAGUUACAAGUAAGCACUUGAUUCAAGUGUACUUGGAAAUCUUAAGUCGCUCUGUAGAAAACAUGGCUUCACACUUGUUGACGAAGUCUAUCACUUGAAGUUAAAGCUGUCAAUCUCUCCGAUCAUGAGAAUGUUGGAACCGCUACACGUGCACAUCGUGCACAUGGCUUCCAUAUCUUAAGAUGAUGUUACAUGGAACGAUUCGCAACGACGAUUUUUAGCGCAACAAAGCUUUGCAACAUUGUUGCGACAUUGUUUCGAAUAGUUCCAACAUUGUUCCAACAUUGCAACGCUGUGCUGCGUUAAAACUCGUCGUUUCGAAUUGUCUCAUAUAACAUCACCUUUAUUGGUCAAGUGUGUUCUCAAGUGUGGUGCAGACCAUAGUUCGGCAUCUUUGAACUACGAACGUUUCCAUGGUCACCCUGCAAGUAAAGUUGAAGUAGCUACAUUUUACCCCUUCGCACUCAAAGUAGGCUCCAAGUUCACUUAUAUUAUACUUAAAGCUCUAGUGUGAAGGCAACAAUUACCAUCAGUAUUGUAUGUUUAUUUUAUUGAAUGCAUUUAUGCCAUAACUAGCUUUUAAUGGUGUUUUUUCGGUUGCUCUUUCUAGAUAUGGCGUGGGGUAUCACUUAACUUUGGUCAAAAGAGAAAGCUGCGAUGAAGAUGCCAUCUCAAACCUGGUGAAAAGCCACGUGCCAAAAGCAGAAAUUAUCAGUGCGGUCGGUACAGAAAUCCAGUUUGUUCUGAGUAGUGAAAGCUCACAGAAUUUUGAGGCGCUUUUCUCGGAGUUAGAAAGUGAGUAAUUUUUCACCUAGUCAGAGAUGUUAUAUUUUCCAUUUCAAAAUUUAAAACGCGCUCUUUUAGCUGUCUGUAUGUUUGAAAUACUUCCCUGCUUCCUCAAUGGCUACGUUCUCGUAAGGUUUUUCAAUUUCUCAAUGUUCAAGCCUUAGAAAACAGGCGACAUUUUGCAACGCCUUCACUGGUUUCUACGCGACAUGACGACCAAGAAAAGCGUGCAGAAAUUCCAUAAUGAUGACGCGUCACUCCGGAUAGUGCUUUUGAUUGGUCGUGCCGCGUGGGAAAUUUGCUUCAACCAAUCAGAAGCACUACCCAGAUCUAGGUAGCGACGCGUCGUCACUAUGGAAUUUCUACGCUCGUUUGUCAGACGUCAUUUCUCGGGGAAACCAGCCAUAUGCCGGCUGUUUUCUCAGACUGUGGAUGGUUCAAUCAUAUGUUAUUCUAAAGCUUCGGAUCAGUAUUCGGGUAUAUGUACGACUUAUAAUCGGUCGGUAUGACGCCCAGUGAUGUAUUCGCAUGAACUAAUAGGCAUACUUUGUCUCCAGGCAACCUAGAACAAUAUGGAGUAACAAGUUUCGGCGUCUCGGUGACAACAUUAGAGGAAGUGUUCAUGAAAGUCGGGGAAGGUGCUGAGAUAACACUACAUGACCAGUAAGUAUUCUAUAUCUUAGAAAAGCUUAGAAUUUGUAAAAAAUCGUAAAUCGUUUUCUCAUGUCUGUUGUAUUGCUGUAUCGAUGGCAAAGCAAUGGCGGCGGUAUUUGUGUUAUCCUGUAGGAGUUCCACUCCAUAUCUUAGCUAAAAACAAAAAUAAACUAAAACAGCUGCUGUUCACAUGAGUUAAAAUGCUCUAUACGUGUUGUUUUCGCACAACAGUAAAUCGUAAGUUACCCUUGAAGCCCUUGUCAACAUUUUCGUGGUAGUUCUUCACAGUAAUAUAACCAAUUUAUACAAAACCACUCUGUAGCUUUGCUCUGAUCACCCAAAAUACGAGUUCGCACAACGACACCUUAUAGUAUUCUAUGUCUCCUUUUUUAGAGUUGUCGAUCAAAAACAUCGUGCUGAACAAGUAUCUGGUGGAGCAAGCCAAAUUCCUAUACCUGAGGCUGAAGCAAGCUCAGUCGGAGGUAAGUUUGUAUAAUUUCCGUCUGUAGUAAUCGGAAGUUGAAGCUACACUUGCACUGGACAAGUUUUCCAACUCACUUGAAGUCUUUUUGCAAGAUUUCAGUCGAAACGCAUGACUAUGGCUGACGUUGAUUCUUCGAAUUUCAUUUUUGCGUUCUGAAAUUGUCGUACUCUUGCAAGGUUCUUGCUGUUUGUUGAUAACUCGAAUCAGUAGAAACCAACUAGCAUACUAUCAUGAAUUCUGCACUCUGAUUGGCCAACGUACUCCCCAUCCAGUUCUAUCUACAGGCCAUUUGCAUGAUGGCAUCAUUUUACUACUACGACCAGAAUCCUUUUCGUUUUUCUAUACAUGUUUGAAUUUGGUAAUCGCAGCGAGAUUUAAAUGACAAAAGCCGUAAUUUGCACAAGAAAGGGAAACCCUGAUGGAUUCUGGUCGUACUAGUAAAUGAUGUCAUCGUGCAAAUGGCCCAUUUCGUGAAAGAAAGUGAGAAGGGAGCCGACGCUUUGAACAAAAAUAAGACAAUGGCAACUUCUUUGGCAAAUUGUUUUUAGAAUUUUCUGACGAAAAAGUGGUUAAACUUAAAAAUGAUGCGCCUCCAUAAAAGACGGAAUUAACAUUUUAAAUGGAAAGAAAUACAAAUUUAGUUGUUUAUUUAUGACAAUCAAUCAAUCAAUCAGUCAGUGAUUUAUUUUAACACGUUACAUCGAGGAGCUAAAAAACUUGUUCAAAAUACGAACGUGUAUAAAUGAAUCUAUAAUAAUUACAGCUAUAAAAUAAUAUCAUUCUAUUUUAAAAACAACUCAAUAAAUAUAUAAAAACUUAGCAAUAAAGACAUAAAAUAUAAAAAGCUAAAACCUACUAAAAACUAUAUACAAAAACGUGAAAGGAAAACUACAAGACACGUUCUAAAAAGCUACAAUCUUGCAAUUUACUUUUGAAGUCAUUUGCAUACUUGAGAGGGCGAACUGUUCCAUAACUUAAUUGAUAAAUAAGUCAAAACUUUUCCUUUUAAAUUUAGCUGGAUUAAAAUUAGGUAAUUCCAAAUUCGAGCCCCCGCCUCAUAGCCCAUACGGUGCAUGCCAUUAUUUAAAAAGGUUUCUAAUAUAAGUGGGUCCCGUACCACUUAAGCAUUUGAAAAAAAGUAUUAACGCCUGAUGUAAGCCCCUACAAUAUAAGGAUUUCAUGCUAGCCGUGGUGAGCAGCUCAUCAUAUGAAACUGACUUCUUGGUCCGAUUAAUGGUCUCAAAAUAUAACAGUUGCCAUCUUCCAGACGAUUGCGUUGUCCUUUGCCUAUGCCUACAAACAAACGACCCUUUCGGGAAUGCAGUUCAAAGGCUUGUUUUCAUGUAUUUUCAUCAAACCUUGGUAUAUACUAAACUGAAUCCGUUAGAAUACUCCUCGUGUCAAAGGGCGCAACUCAGCGCUACGAGCCUCGCUGACUAUUAAGUCAUAGAAAUUCGAACGCGUAGGUCCUUGCGGCUAGUCAUUCACGUGCUACAAAACCCGCCAUGCUGGAGAGCAAGACACGCACUGGGAGAAAACAAAGUGAAAAAAAAAGGAAACCGUUUUACAGCAAGGAGCCCAAAAGUGUGACCUCCUUUAUUCACUCACAUUCUUUCAUGCAGACAUUAACCAAUCAGAAGUCGAGGACAGUUUCCAGGUGGCUUCUGAUUGGAUUAAAUCUGUACGAAAGAAUGUGAAUAAAUCAAAAGCUGUUACACUUUUGGGCUUCUUACUGUUAAUGAUGUGGGCUGUUUGAGUUUUCUGUCCCAGUGGGUCCUGCGGUUUUGUACCACGUGAAUAACUAGCUGUACUGAAAGGGCCUAUUGUUAAUUAAUCAGGAAACAACGACUAAAGGACACUUUUCAAUCGAGAAUUGAACUUGAUAUGUGUAAUUUUCUUGACAGAAUUCAACACAGGAUUAAGCCUGAAAUGGCAGCAAUACAAAGCAAUGCUGUUAAAACGUUUUCUGAAUGCUAGGCGAGAGAAGAAACUGGUUUUAACCCAGCUGAUACUACCUUUGUUGAUGGUUUGCUUGGCAUUACUGCUUAUAAAGACUCUUCAGGAACCAAUGCAGAAUGAGCCUCCACGCAUACUGAACUUAUCCAAUUUGAGCAUUAAAGGGGCUCCCAACACUGGCUUCUACGCUGACUUCCGUCCUAACGUUGAUCCUGACAAAAAGAACGCACUUUUUGACGUGAGUUGGAGGUUCCCGCGUUCUUUGAUAGAGACCUUUAGAUUCAAGGAUGAUGACGACUAGGAGUACGAGAUUUGGCUUAGAGUUUUUCGCACAUUCUCAAAAUAUAGACUUCCCGGAAAGCUUCAUUUUACCAUUUUUGACUAGAAAAGUUAGCACUGUUACCUUUAGUGAAGGAGGUUAUACCCUCUCUCGAUCGUAAAAUUAUAAAACUUCUAACAUUUGAUAACUUUUUUCCGCCACUUCGACAUUCUCGCUAAAACUCGUGGUAGAGUGAAGACGGCUACCACGUUUUCCCGCCAAAAUGAGGCUGGUUUACGCGCGUGCACUCACUACUAAGUAUUGAGGAAAUCUCGUACUCGUUGUCGUACUUGUCUUGGAAUCUAUUAAAGGCUCUCUAUAUUUUAGUUUUAAGCUGUGUUCAUACUUUACCGGAAGGCUUUGGCGCCCACACGAAAACCAUACCGGAGAGGGCUUCUGUUCCCGCUUACGAACAGUGAUUUCGGCGCGAUUUCUGUAAUAGUAGGGACUUUUAGAUCCAACGACGCGACAGCAACGAGAACGUCGCUUAAAAAGUGAAUUUGAGUUCUUACAGUCUUUAUAGCGAUUAUUCCUACUCACUUACUUUGUCAAAUGUAGGCGAACCCUCCUGAAGGUGAAUUUCAAAUGACCAUAUUCAAGCUCAGAAAGAGAAAUAAAAUUUCAUCGUUGCUUGUUUACGUCCUCCAUAAAAGGUGAAUUUAGGCAUUUUCACGUCGUAAUCGUGCAAAAACGGGAAAGAAAGGUACAAAGAAGUGUGAUGCACGUGCAAAGGUGUUGUUUUGCUUAUUAAACGUAUUGUUUUUGUGACGUUCUCAUCGCCGUCCGCGUCGUUGGAUCUUAAAGUCCCUAGUGCGAAGCUGCAUAGAUGUCUAGCGGUCCGUUGUAUUAUAGAGUCUAACAUAAGUUUGAUAGGUUAUCCUACUUUUUUGACGUGAGUUGGAGAUUUCCUCGUUCCUUAACGUCUUUUUCGGGUACUAAAUGAACCAAAGCAAUAUUGACUGGAGAUCUGUAGGCGCCAAUAUCUUAUCGUAAUUGUGAAAUGAAACAAUCAGGAGAUAUUUGAAUCAAAAUUUUAAUGAAUAAUUAACAAUUAUUCUUUGAAAUCGAGGUGAAUAGUGGCAAAAUAUUUACCGAGACGCGAAAGCGGCGAGGUAAAUAUUCCCAAAGCCACUAUUCACCGAGAUUGAAAAGAAUAAUUGUUUUAGUAUAUACACACGAAGUGAUCUCAACAAAAUCAGAGAGGAAACCAUUCAAAAGUACGAUUUGAUUGACACAUCAAAUCACGCGUAAGUUUAAAAAUAGAUCUUUGCAGAAAUUUCAAACAUGGCAAUUCACAAGUUUAUCAUUUCGCAAACAACAGCGUAAUGGCUUAAAUGGAACCGCUAAAAGUUUGAACUGUUUCCUUACCUGAGAAGAAAAGUAGAGCUGUGUUGUUUUCUGUUGACUCGCCAAGACGAAGUUUAUAGCCAAAAGGGUUUGUUGUGUCGUUCUUCGCAUGAAGUGCUGACAAAAAUGGCGGCUCAGUUGCUCGAGGUAAGACGUCGUCUUUCUGUAUCAUUCUUUUUCCCGUUUACUUGAAACGUAGAAUUUCUGCAAACAUUUCCUUUUAAAUUUGUUUGUCAUAAAUAAACUUCGAUUUUGAGCCAAAAUUUUCUUCUUAGAAAACGCUGAGUUCACGCAACGGCUUCUUCUACGCGAAUACACGGGAGUUGUAAACAAUCCAUCAAGCACAAAGCUCCUGCUACAGUAAAUUGAAAAACGCCGUAUUGAAUCCUUCCAAGUCUUUUUUUGCCUUAAAAAAAGUCAGCCCUAGGAUUCUGUCGACUUUUAAAAGAUCGUUCUCUAAAAAAUGGGAAAAACACUGAGCUCACACAUUAUCCACUCGCUAGGAGGUGAAUAUUGUUGAAUAGUCCGAGAUAGCGAACCAAUCAGAUUGCUUAAAUCACCAAGGUCACUGAGUGUGUAUAUACUAAUACUUAUUAUCAUUCGUUGUACAAAUAAUGGUCUGCUCAUGCACACUGUAAUCCAGAUCAAUUAUUUGCCAAAGGCGAAGGCAAGUAAUUGAUCUGCUCGCCCUGAUAAAUCACAAUAUUUUACUCAACCUGGUCCAAUAAUUUUUAAUUAGUCUGCAUGGGGGAAUAACUGUAUCAAAAGUUAAAUCUACGGUUAAAUAAUUCAUCAACCCUGUUGUCUUGUCACGUGUUGAGCUGAGGCGUAGCUUGAGAUUUUGAAUUUAGGGUCCCGGAAAUAUCGUUUCCUGCGUUUUCCGCAGGACAUUUUCAGUAAAUAAAUACAAAGGAAAAUGAAACAGUUAGUUGUUUAUUUUACCUAUCUCUAGCAUUAUGGAAUAAUACUGAAAAUGAUAAAGGAUAUACUAACAGAAAGACACAAUAUAAUGCGAGAAAUUAAACAGUCUUCCCAUUGUAAUGAUAAAAAUGUUUUCAGGAAAAAAAUUAAAAAUACAUUUUUUUUCCAGAUUACAGCUUUACGCACGGGUGUGUGUGCUUAUAUGGGCGUUACGCUUCUGUUGAGGUUUACAAAGGCGCGCAUGUGACUUAAAUAAUACCUUUUCAUUUGUCAUAAAGAUCUGUUGUAUAAUAAAGGUUAACAUAACUCUGUUAAAAUUGUUAUUUUCAGGUGGCUUCUAAACACUUAAAGGACGUAAAAGUAACCUUGAAAGACAUUGAAUCGGAUCUUCAUAAAAUACAGAGCGGCAACCAAGGAAACAGUAUAUUGGUGGAGGGGAAAAAGUUUCAGUAUAAGGACGAUGAAAAAGACGUAUGCUGUAAUUAUGAAUUUCUGGUCCUGAAUGCCAAGUGCAAGAAAGCUGUAAGUUGCUGCCAAUCCUCAGUUUGCAACUACUUGAUGACAAGGUCAACGUGUUGCGACUGGUUAGCAAAACUAUAAAGACCUUUAGUUUCGAGGUCGAGGUCGUUCAAAAAAAAAUCAGACAUCCCGGAAAGCGUCAUCAUACUUUUUUCACCAGAGAAGCACGGUUAUUAUUAUUAAAUGAGGUUAACCCUUACUUGAUCGCAAAAUGAUUAAACUUCUAACAUUUUAUAACAAGUUUUCGCCACUACGAUAUUCUCGCUAAAACCCGUAGUAGAAUGACGCUGGCUAUCACAUUUUCCCGCCAAAAUAAAGCUGGCUCACGUGUGCGCACUACUUAGUAUUGAGCAAAUCUUGUUCUCGUAGUGAGUCGUCCCUGAAGGUCUCUGAUACGUUUUUUUGUAGAGUUUGUAUGACAAAAAGUCUAGCUCCAAGCAAAAGGAAACUCUUUAAUUUGUUUUUGUCAGUACAUGACCUUCACACGUCUGCUGGAAUCCAAAAAUUCCUAAAUAUAAAACUGCAAUUGCACUUUUCAUUUGAAUUUUCAAUAGAAGAUUCUAGGUUUCUUUGAUUCCAGUUUCCUUAGGUGUGAAUUUUCUUAGGUCAUUUGAAUUUUUAAUCUUAGCCUUUGUCAUUAUGACAAAUAAUAAUAAUAAUAAUAAUAAUAAUAAUAAUAAUAAUAAUAAUAAGAACAAAAACAAUCCUAUAUAUUAUAAGUGAAGAAAGAGAAAACUAUUCAUUUACAAAUUCUAAAAAAUAGAAGUAACUUAACCUUACAUAAAAGAAGAGGAAAUAGAUAUAAUCAAUAAUAAAAGUUCAAAAUUCUAUAAAAUUAAGAAUUCCAUUAUGCAGAGAUAUCAAGAUCAUACAAUCGAAUUAUACUAAUGACAGCUAAACAAGUGUCCAUAAAAAGCCCUAAGUAUAAAAGCAUAUAGACACGUAUUUCAGAUAUCCGCACUAGCGACGUUUAUUUUACAGUCUAAUGAUUGCUCUAUCUUGCUACGAAACGGCGUUCGCGAACCUCUGACGCUUAUAAUAAUAAUAAUAAUAAUAAUAAUAAUAAUAAUAAUAAUAAUAAUAAUAAUUCUCAAAGCAUAGGAUGUAGAACCACCGUAAUUUUGUGGCACUCUGCAUUAAAAAGGAUUAAACUUUCUCUUUUUUUCUUUGAAGUUCACAUCAAGCGAAUUGACAGCUGAAUCUUGCAAAACGAACAAGAAUUUUGGUUACAAUUACUGUCCUAAAUGUAUCAACGACGACGAAAGGUAAUAAAUGAUAAGUAAGAAUAUCGGAUCGUAGCAAUGUUUAUCACUCUCUUCGAAACACGCCUUUGCAUUGUUGAUAGAAAUACGUUUCGCAUUUACUGGUAUUUAAAUAAGCUUCAAACGUCAUAGUAAGUCGAAUUCAAGGAAAGAAAAGCUACAGGGGGGGCUUUUAUGCGGAGGGGAGGUAUAAUUGGAUGGGAUCAUAAUCGGAUGUAUUUUUUGCUUACAUGUAGAUGGGCUUAUUACUAGGGGAGGGGGGAUAAGUGGUGUCGCUCAUAAGCGGUAGUUUACGGUAUUCUUUUGUUAAUAGGGAGCUUAUGGUGAUGUUACGUUUUCAAAAAUACCCGGAUACGUGUAGACGGGGCCUAAACUUAUUGCGUUUUUGCCUUUCUCGUUGCCGUUGCUGUCGCCGUCGCCGUCGUGAUUGCUUAAGCUUUUAAGCCCCCAGAUCCACAUACAAAUUCCCGAGACUGAUCUUCAUACAUUUCUCAUUUCUUUCUGGGUAGUUCAGAGAAUUUGAUUUAAAAUCAAAGCGUUCUCUCUUUGGUAGUCAAUUUAGUUAUUCUUAUAACCUCUACUCUUGAUGAUCUGCUGAUGUUGUUAGAAGAAAAUUGUUGUUGGUCACUCUUGGGCCCUGAAGAGAUAACACCCUUUUUUUCGUUUUCCUUUCAGCUCGUACUAUGAAUGCAGAAACAUAGGAAUUGGUAACACGAAAGUGAACGAUUCAAUGACAUUCUAUAAUGAAUAUGUGCUGGAAAAAAGUAAUGCUGCUGAUUAUUUUAACACACAUGUUGUGGGUUUUAGCUUUGAGUCACGUGAUGGUAACUCGGCUAGUGACCUUGAAAGUAUUGACACGACAGUGUGGUAUAGCAGUAAGGUGGGUACGAUAGACAGGACACCUUAUGAAGUUUACACACUUUAGUAUUCCUUAUCGCUCCCAUGACGUCACGUUCGCCAUAUUGGUGUCACAAGGCAGUGAAACGGCGGCCAUUUUGUUGUUUCAAAGCACGGUCCUGCGGGAGUUGGACCUUUUUGUUAUGUUUAAACCUUUUUUGGUUCCAAGAAAUUUGUUAGCUGUUGAUCAGUUUAGAAGCAAUAAAGAAUACUACAUUGUUUGGGCUGGUGCACCAGAAAGUGAAUAGCAAGUUUCGAGUUACGUCACAAAGAACACAAUAAUGAUCCCUAGCCCUUACACAAUAACACAGUAAACUUCACACAAUAGACCUUUUUACCGAUACGGCGGCCAUAUUGAAUUAAUUCGAUUUAAGGAGUAUUAUAGGAUGCCCAGGGGGCAUGAGCACAUUUCGUUUGUAUUUUCGAACGCUUUUCGGGACAUUUUUUCUUAAAGUUUUCUUAGAAUAAGAUUCUAAUGGGACAAAAGAUCCUUGUGCCGUGUUUGGAUGAAAUAAUGAUCGCCUUUUUCCAGAGAAAUAUACAGUGAAAGUCCAUAUUUCUAAUACUAAACUAGACUAAUACUUAACUCAUUUUUCUAUGUUUGCUCACUGGAGCGGAAUGCGGGAAAGGUCUUUUGGCGUAUUAGUAUGUGGAUUUGCUAAUGUAUUUUUACUAAUUUAUUUAUUUAUUUAUUUAUUUAUGUGUUUAACUUUGCACGUAUUGUUUUGGUCAGGGCUAUCAUACAAAACCAGAUGCACUGAGUGCUUUGGUGAACGUUCUGUUGGCCUACAGCAAGAAAGAUGACUCAUAUCACAUUGAGACCAUUAACUAUCCUCUGCCACUCAAUUCCGAACAGCGGGUAAUUUCCUUAGCAUAAUUGCCUUCUUGAUAAUGAUAGAUAAUAAAUAUUUCUUUUAUUCCCACUUUCUAUGUUAUAAAGUUAAAUAGUAACAUUAUAAAGAAUUUCGGACAAAUGUGUUAUGUACAAGAAGCCUUGUAUUGCAAAAGUAGAAAAAGGGUUUCAUUUUAUCCUGUUCAUUUAUCGUAAAAAAAACUGAUUAAGAAUGGAAUUAAAAUUGCCAUCAGUUUUUUGUCCUUCCUCUGAAUAAUAACAUGUCUUAAGCACUCGAGAGUGUCUUGUUGUCUUGUUAGAAAAGAUGUUUCUUUUGUCAGCAGGAAUCUUGGGUCACCAGAAAGUCAUUUGUACUAUUCCCUCCAGUUAAGCCUCAUCCACACGUAGCUUAUUCGAAUCGUUUCCGCCCGUCCACACAUAAAGGCGAAAACGAUGGAAAUACGAUUGCAUGCCUUACGGUGCAUGCGUUGUAAGCCGGCGUUUUAAAAAAAAAACGCCACUCUGAUGAUCGUUUUCGAAAACCUGCGUUUUUUGAUGCCCGAAAACGCCGUUUACGUGGGGACGGAAGGCUAAAACGGAGGAAAAAAUCUUUGUUUUCAAAAAUAUUAGGAUACGUGCUUUCUUAAGCAAAUUCCUUCGUGGAUUCUUGCGAUGACCUGCUAUACUAAUCAUGUUAUGAAAUAAUAAUUAGGAUUGUUUGUUACUUCUUGUAACUCAUUCAAAACCUUCGUGUGUUUUGUUCUCUUCAGACUCAAAAUUUCUCAGCUGUCAUGAGCUCGUUUUUCCUUGCUCUACUGUUAGCUUUCGCUGUGGCGUUUCUUGCAGCAAGUUUCGUGCCAUUUUUGGUGAAGGAGAAAAGUUCAAAGGUUUGGUUGACUUUUGUACAUUGAAUGUUUUGGUUCAUUUGUGCGCAUGUAGAAUGCAGGUAGCCUCUUAUUGUCCGUUUUUAUACUAGAGAACGCAUUAUUCGUCUUGACCAACUUGGGCAAACAUUUGUAGUUCAUCUGGUUAUGCGUCUUAAGUAUAAAGACAGGCACAAGACGCAUUAUGCGUCUGGACGAACUUUCCUUCGAAAUACGUCUUGAACGACGCACCACGAAACGUAGUUCGUCUGGACGCAUAAUGCGUCUUAUGCCCGUCUUUAUACUGUAGACGCAUAACCAGACGAACAACAAAAUUUUCGCCCAAGUUCUUCCAGACGGAUAAUGUGUCCUUAGUAUAAAAAAGGCCAUUCUCUUGAACGUCGAUGGGUUAGCGUGCGCGAGCUGCGAGCGGCGAAGCCAAAGGCGCUAGAAAUUAGGGUGGUUUGGCUAAAAGCUAAAUUCUAAAAGCUAAACUCGACAAUUCGAAGAGAAAAGGAGGAGCGGAUGCGGUUAUCAUGGUCGACUUCUUUUUAAUAAUUACCUUUCUCUAGAAUUCGCCGUAUCAGCGAAGUGUUCACUUGACUUACAAUCACUGCGGUUCCCUUUCUUGUGUUCGUGCAGGCAAAGCAUCUCCAAUUUGUAAGCGGCGUGGACGCCGUCUCCUUUUGGCUGGCCACCUAUUCAUGGGACUUCAUCAACUAUUUAUUUCCACUGCUUGGAAUUAUGAUCAUGUUUGCAGCUUUUCAAGUAGAUUCACUGAAGAAUGAUCUUGGUGCGGUUUUUCUGUUAUUGGUAAUGACAACACCAGUUAGUUUGGUCCAGGCGUCCAGAUAGUGGCGGAUGGCGCAAAGCGACUAAAGUGGGCAGAAAAAAGGAGAGAGGGCGAUAGAAUGUCGUUCUCUCUUUUUGUCCACUCCCUCUCUACCGUUUACUAUUUCGGGUUAUUCCCCUUUAUCUCGACGCCAAGAACAGGCUGCUAUAAUUAAAUAUUGAAUUUUCAGGUUUGACAGACACCCAACCGUACAUACAUAUUUGUAUAGGUGAUAGCAUGAUUUGUAGUGAUAUUUGGCAUAAAUACCACAAGUGAUAUUUCAAAAUUGUUAUACAAAAUUUCACGAGCCGUUAGGCGAGUGAAAUUUGAGACAAUUUUGAAAUAUCACAAGUGGUAUUUAUGCUAAAUAUCACGUACAAAUCAUGCUGUUAUUUGUUUAUACUACUACCCACAAAAAGUUUGUAAUUUUCACAUGUAGGUAUUUCAAAUUAAGCUGAAAUACCACUGCUCUAAGCCAAUCAAAUUGCAGAAAUUUCUAAUGUAGUAGUAUAAAGCGGUUAAUUUUCUGCGCGAUUGCACGUGAUUACAGCCAUUAAUGAGAGGUUGUGUUAGGUUUUUAAGGAUUUUUUUAAAUAUAAAAUUGAUCAAUAGGGAGCUUAAGCAGCAACGUUUCUGAGCGACGCACGUCAACCGGAAGUGGCCUUUUCUCAUUUUUUGACGGUGGUUUCGCGCAAAUUUUCAGUCAAAUCGCCUCUAUAACAGUAAAGAAGCUAAGGAAUACAAAUUUUAUAUCAUCAAGGCAUGUUAAGAGGGAAAAUACCUCACUUCCGGUUGACGUGCGUCGCUCAAAAACGUCGCUGCUUAAGCUCCCUAAUAGGUCUACUUUCUCUUGAAUAUUUCCUCGAGCGUCCCCGUUUGAAUUGCGUGGUGUCAUUGAAAGAAAGUCGAUUUCCGCCAUCAGGCGGUACUAAAUGACGUUCUCAUAGUUCAAAAUGGCGACCCACGGAAGUUUUGGCCAUGUCCACACGAAUCCGCACAUUUUUGAAACCGCAUAUUUUUUUUAUCCGGAUUCGUGUGGACGGGGCCUUAUUCGUGUUUCUAGUACAUUCAAUUUUGUAUCCAUUAGAAAAACAGUUACACGUUAAAAGUUAUUUCUAUCAAGUUAGCUCUUCUUCUUGACAAAGGAUUUGCCCUAAAUUAAUGUAAUGCACUGCUUAGUACACAAAACUGAGUUUCUGUUUUCCUUUAUUUUUUAGCUUCUUUUAGGGUUGUGUAUGCUGCCAUUCGUCUAUUUGGUUUCAUUCCUGUUCAAGGGGCCGCUUGCAGCCUAUGCGACGACCGUUUUUGUCCUAUCUGUUGUCAGUAUGGUAAGACCAGUCACCUAUAUAGGUAAUAUAGUUGAAUUUACUCAACUAAACAGGGACUAUCAUUGGUUGAUUGUUGGUCAAGUGACCUUGACAAAAUUCGAAUGCAUCCCGACCGUGAUACAAUUCAGUAAUUGACCACUCCAGAAAAUACCAUAACAUACCAUAAUACUCUUUGUUUUUAACCCCCAAAUUUUGCAUAAGCAUUGUUUUCAGUUUCUCUUGGGGCCUUUUCAACUCCCAAGAGAAACUGAAGACAAUGCUUAUGCAAAAUUUUAGGGUGACAAGCAAAGAGUAUUAUGGUCUGUCUGUUAUGGUAUUUUCUGGAGUGGUCAAUUGUACCCCGCACGUGAUAGAACAGCAUGUGAUCAAAGCAUGCUGGACAGUUGUAUUACCACCAUGGCGAGAGAAACGCGGCCAGUUUUCACGUUCGAGAAUGAACGCAACAACAUCAUGAAGCCUGAAGCUUAAAAGCACUUAGUAUUUUUGAAGUCAUCCAAGUUGAGAUGCAGAGUAUUUUUGUGGAAAAAAUCAGCAGGGACAUACUCACCCUUGCAUGCAGGAGAUUAAAUGUCUUCUUUGCUGGAAAGCACUUCUUCUUAGUGGUUGUAACUCGGCCUUCCAUACAACCAGCGCCCUCCCCCCCCUCACCCCGUCAAUUAAUAAUAUGAAGUAAUUUUGGUUUUGUGGGGGCAUAACAAUGAUUUUUCCUUUUUUCAUUUUAGGCAUUUCUGAUAACAAACAAUAUCCUAACUUUUAACGGCAAGAAAGACGAUGCUGAUAUUGUUCACUAUAUCGGUCUGUUCUUUCCAACCUACUCGUAAGUUUGCCUUUUUUUUGACAUAUUUACCUUUAUUUGUUGGUCUUGAGUCAUAUUCUUCUCUCCUGUAAGACUAAACGGAAGAGUCAUAUCGAAGAGAAAAUUUGAAAAUCCUGCGGGAAAUUUGAACGUUUCAAAAACAUAAAAAAAUCUAAAAAUGUCUGGUUGAGUUUAAAUCGCAUGGGUUCUCGUUUUAACACAGGUAACCCAAGCUCGAAAUAUGACCAUCAGCACUGUUGCGUAACAUUCAAAAUACAAGGAUUUGUAUGGGAGAAAAAAUAAUUGUUUGUGUAGCCUACGGAUGUGAAAGGAUUUAAAUAAAAAUCGGCUAACCUUCUUCUUUCCUGUUUGGUUUCCAAGCCGAUAUAUGGCCAUUUAAUGAGUUUUGUGGGAACCAGUUUGCUCUCUCGAAUGGAAAGGAUUAUAGAGACUUUUAGAAAGAGCAAUUAACCGGUUCCAAUAAAACCCAUUUUUUAAUGGCCAUUUAAAAUAUUUUGAGCUGGGGCCACUUGUAGUUCAGUUUAAUAAAAACCUAAAAUCUUUAGGUCAGGACACUAUAAAUUAAGUAAUUAUGAACAUUCUUUGUUUUCGUUUAAUAACAGCCUUUCUGCCAGUAUCAUGGACAUCAGUCAAAACAAUAUGAAUCGAAAACACUGCGAGUAAGUAAACAAUCCCCUGUUCAUUUUUUUAGUGCCUUUUAUAUGAAAUUUGUCUUGGAAAUACGUUCACAUGCACUUAAAUAAACCCACUUCUCGAGUUUCAUUUCUAGGAAUUAGCUCCUUUGCAGACCUUGGUCGCACACGCUUGGAUUUCACGUAGCAAAGGUUCGAUCCGGGAGUACUCCUGGGAAUUCUUGGUGGGGGUGUGCCGCCCGGUUCUCCAAAUCCUGACCCUCAAAAAAUGCCGGUUUUUUUCACGCCCGUUUUCAGACCUGGCCUCUUAAGUUCAUACCCAUUCUCAGAUCUGGCUUUUAAGAAAUUAUGUCAUCAUUAGUUAGAUUAGAACAGCAACAAAAAAUAUUUCUUAAAAUUCAUUUCGAAUUCGCAGAUUUCUCUUUCUUUCUUAUUCGUUUGGAAUGAAACAAUAAAUACGUUCGUGCAUUCCCCUAGUUCCCUUGCAAACCAUAUCCGAUUCCAGACCAAAAUGAACAAAGUCAACUCAAAAACCCGUUUUGAGACCAAAACGGCGCAACACCGUGCCCUUUGGGGCGGCACAUACCCAUAUGACUUAUAUAGGGGAGUACCCCCCCUUCCCUCGCUGGAGGGGGUUUGCUGUAUGGCAAGCCAUCACAAAGCUUUGAAUGUUAUCAGUCGAAGCCUUCCUAGGUUAAUUUAAACGUCCUUUAGGCCUUCUUGCCCAGUCAUUUCGUUUAAUUUUCAACAUAAUUAAAAAUAAAAAUUUAAAAAAAACUGUAAAUUGUAAUUUGUUUACCCACUAAGCACUAAGGAGUUCUUAAAAACUCGUUUAAGCGUGUCCGCGCGUUCCAGACCGAAUUGGAAUUUGGAAGUAUUGGUUUUUGAGGAGAGCUGAAAACCAGAGUACCCGGAGAAAAACCUCUCGGAACAAAGGAAAGAACCAACAACAAACUCAACCCACAUAUGGCUUCGAUGCUGGGCUUUAAAGUUGGGCCACACUGGUGGGAGGCGAGUGCUCUCACCACUGCGUCACCAUUGCUCUCCUAACUAGCCAGGAAUGGUUCACUGACUCGAUUUCAAUCAAAGCUUUGUGAUUGGAAUGAACGCUUGGAUGGCGUGCCAUCCAGAGAGCCGUUGCUAAGUGGUAUCCAAGCACGUAACCAAUUUCUGCAAAGGAAUUAUUGUUACUCUUACCUUAAACCUGUCAUUGACUCUGCAGACCUGGCAUUCCUUGCACGUGGACAAAAAAUGUUCUUGAUUGGGACCGUCCGGGGGUGGGUCAGGCUACAUUGUACAUGUUCGUGGAGGCGAUUGUUUUGUUCCUUUUCAUUCUUCUUAUUGAGGUAAACAUUUCGCUAGACUGUUCGUCAUGCCCUAUUUUUUCGUGCGAUUGUUAAGUGCGAACACGUCUUUCAAAAGGCUGCCACUUGAUUUUGCACGGUGAAAUGCUUAUUUCCAGAAAUAUCCAUAUCUCGCGAAGGCACUUUUGUUUAGACGACCCAACCCAAUGUACUUGUCAUUGCCCAUCGCCCCUGGAAUUUCCAUGAUUUUCCCACUUGGUUGGAUAUCCCCUGGAAAGAAUAUUUCUGUCAAAAAUGCUAAUGCACUAUACUUCAAUCUAUGCCAUCUCCUUCCCCUCGGAUAUCGCCGCCUUUUGGACCCCCUUCCCCCCUUCCUCAGAAUAUCCUUUGUCCUUGGUUAGCGUGUAUGUAUAUUUUCUGGAACUACACAAUCUUGGCGAUUGCAAGUAAACCGCGUGCUUCCCCAAUAUUAUGAAGGUUUCGCUUUGGUUAUCAUUUUUAGUAAAAGAUGGUGGCUGUAGGAUUGUGAACAGACUGUUUUUUUGCGUGAUUUUUUCAUCAGCGGUCACGAUGUUUUGAGUUUUUUUUAGUAGUUCUGUAGCCUUUUUAUUAUAGCGUUGAUAUAUUGCGCCGUUUCGCCAACUUAAGUAGUUUGGUUUACUUUUUGCUGUCAGAGAGCGUCUGACAAAUUGUUUUGUUUUUUGUUUUUAUCCACAUACCUUGUCUAAACUUUUUUUGUUUUUUGAGACACUUGAUUUGGCUUUAAUUCUUGGGUUUGUUGUCCUAUUAAUUUCAUUUAAAUUAACUUUAUUUUUUCUCAUGGUUUCUUUCACAGAUGAACUUUUUUAUCAGUGCAAAGGUUAACAUCUCUUCAGAGCCCCAAAUGAGGAGGAAGGAAGGAGAGGUGUAAUAUUACCUGACUUUAUUUUCAGUGUUUGUAAAUGUUUCUAUACCGUGAUCAAUGCUGAAAAAAAAGCUUUGAAUUGAAGUAUGUAAACUGGUGUUUUUAGGCACUUGACUUUUUUUAUUGUCUGCUUCCAAAACCAUAGCUAUUUUGACGAUGUGUGUUAUUUCACCAUGGAUAUGAUCAACUUAAAGUCAUUUAAUCACGGGCUAAUUGUUGCAAAAUGUCUUUGUAUUGAUGCUUGUAGUUAACUCUCGCUUUAUUAUUUAAGUUAUUUAAAUACAACGUCUUUGCCAAAUGCUGCUCAAAGUUUUCUAUUUAUUGCUUUCGACGGAGGAAAACACUUAAUCCAUAAGUAAUUUGAAAGUUUUCCCUUGAACGCUAGCUACAUACAGUAAAGGACUCAAAUUUAGCACCACAGAGGGUAUAACGUCAUUUCCACGUCCAUGCAGCUCAUGAUCCUGACGUACUUCCUUGUCCUUAUCUACUACUCUUGUAUUUGUUUUAAUUAUUUUUGUUUAUUUAAAACAGGACGAAGACGUUUUUAACGAGCGUGUUCGCAUAUUGUCUGACCAAGAAGGUAAUGCGGUUGAAGCUGAGGCUGUCGUACUCAAAGAUUUAACAAAGGUUUGUCAUACAGUCAAUUCAAUGUAUGGUAAAAAUAGCCCACGGGUACUUCUCUACGCAUUAAUUUGUAUCAAGCGUUUCGAUGCAUAUGCCUGUUACUGACAACCCAAAUCCUGGUCGGUAGAACACCCUAUAAGCCUCCAUUACCCGCAACCCGGCCACACAGCCCGCCCGCCACACCCAGCCCAAACCCUAGCAUGUCCCACUAAGACUGCAGGCUCAGUGGAUGUUUGGAGGGAAGCAACUGAGUAAACGAAACCUGAAGCUACGGGGGAUGGGGGGUGAAGGAGUAGAAAAGCAUUAAAAAGUCCAAUCACAGCGAAUCGCCUCGAGCACUAAGGAGUGUUAUAUAUAAACUACGAGCCCGAGUGGAAAUGCACGCAUUAACCGCGCGAGAAUGCCGCUGCUCUUUCAACUGCCGAAGGCCCAGUGGCGCAACAGUGGAAAGUGCCAUAAUGCUAACCUAAAAGGGCAGCCAGGGUACCAAAACACACGAACACUACGCUGCGCUGCAAUACCAAGCGCGUUUGCUCUAAGUAGUUAACUAAGCUUAAUUACAUUGAACCCUAUAAUUCACAUUUGACUUCUUUUUGCGGCUGUUCACAGGUAUAUCGAGGUACACACGUAGCUGCAGUUGAUCAUCUUUGUCUUGGUAUUCCACGUGGAGAGUGUUUUGGUCUCCUUGGUAUAAACGGUAGGUGAACCGUUGCAGAACUAGAUAGUAUCCCUUCCUGUCCCCUUCCUCACCCAACUAAAUCCACGGACGUACAAGUCUGUUGAUCAAAUGGUUGGACGAGAUGAUUUAUUUUAAAUGCAUACAUUAUAAGCUGUGGUUUAACGAACAAGAUUUUAUUAAGUACCAGGAGGGUUGCUUUAUCAUUGUAAAGUCCAUACAGAUUUAUCGUAUUUGUGAAGUGAAGCAAUCAGUCGAGAUCUGCAUCAAAAGUUAGUGAAUACAUGUACUCAUAUACAGAGGGUAAUUUUACUAUUCAAUAAUUCAUCAACCUUGUUGAUUUGGAAUGUUGCUUAUGGAGUUAUACAUGAGACUGACGUGCUACCUAUUGAUUGGUCGAUAUUAUAUUGAUCAACUAUUGAUUGGUCAAUUUUACAUACUGCUCAAUGUUGAUGGGUCAUUGAUCAAUGUUUUUGAAGGUGCGGGUAAGACAACGACAUUUAGCAUGCUGACAGGAGACCUUAGCAUAACGGAAGGCACUGCUUACCUGGAUGGAUUCAACAUCCAAUCAAAUUUGAAGCAGGUACUACAUCAUUCCAUCCAUUACAUGUUUACCUUUCUUUUCUUGCAGACAAUAGUUCACUCUCGCGUUUACCAUGAUCGCUGAUUUUUUCUCUUUAUAAGAGAGUACAAGUUUUUAAUUUUGUUUGCCCUGCCACUUAAAAUUUUCGUGUUUGUAACAGGUUCAACAGAGAAUUGGUUACUGUCCUCAGGUAUGUAAUUUAUUCAAUUUUUUAAAUUUUUCUUACGAAUGUUUAUCGGCGCUUAUAUGGCACUAGUCUCCUUCGCGGCCGUUUGUUGUGUCGUCACGCAACGGUUCUCCGCACAGUAGUGUUGUGUGACGACUCAAAAAUGGCUGCGAGAGGACUCAUAUAGCACUUGCUACUGAAUAAAGGGACAAUACAUUGUAUAUUGUUACAUUUUCAUUUUGCUUUCUCUGCCAGGAAAUAAAUAUAAUCUUGCUGACUGCACUCUAUAGCACUCUAUGCACAGAAAAUCUUUAAAACAUUUGGAGAAACAUUUCAAGCCUGAAUGAAGUGAAUGGAGACAUUUUCAAUAAAAAUCGUAUCCAUGCAUAAACUUUACGUUUCUCGUUUGUGUUUGUAUUUCAGUUCGACGCGCUAAUCGAACUUCUGACUGGACGGGAGAUGCUAACCAUGUAUGCUCGGUUGCGUGGAGUUCCAGACGAGAAGAUCAAAGGCAUUGUUUCAGACAUUAUUCAUCUUCUGCGUUUGGAGAAGUGGGCGGACUCUCUGUGUGGAAACUAUAGGUACACCCUUGGUCUUAGUUAUCAGUUGUCUUUUGCGUUAGGCCUCGAUUACAUGGAGAAAAGUUGUCCCGGGAAAGAGCCCUCCUAGCCGAGUCAACGUAAGCUACAACCAGUUCCAAAAGUACUUGAGACACUGUACCUUGUUUUGGCUUAAAUGGCCUGUCCAUAGUCCGGUGUGCUUGUGAUCCUCCCUCCACCCCUCAUCGAAGUUGCUAGCAAUACAAGACCAUGCUCAAAACGUGGAGGAACAACUUUGAAUGGGAGGGAGGAGGGAGUUCAUAUCUCACCGACCUGUGACUAGCAGCGAUUUGAAGCAUGAAAGGUUGUUAUUUCGUGGGAGUGUCUCAACAUUUUUGUAACUGGUUGUAGCGUUAAGGAAAAAGGUGACCUCUUUGCUCGAGCCAACAAUGCUGGCGCAUACUCUGAUAGUCUCGCCUUGGCCGCGUUGAUGCGGCUGGGCGAGAAACGUUGGCCCAGCUAGGAGGGGAACCCUACACUGUGCCAUCAAAACUUAUUUACCCGCUUUUGUAAGGAGAUGUAGGAAAAGUUGUCUGGCCCAGGGUAGCUCGAGUAGGCGAGUGACUCUUCAACCCGUGACACGCUUUUCUCCGUAUAAUCGAGGCUUCAUUUUUUCCUUUUGUUGUUAAAGGUCUUUCAGAGUGAGGUGCACUUAUCAUUUGUUUUUGUCUUGUUUUUCAGCGGUGGCAACAGACGAAAGCUGAGUACAGCAAUUGCUUUGGUUGGAAAUCCACCAAUUAUAUUCCUGGUAAGCACCUUAGCACGGUAAAUUAAACUGUACAUCGUAUUGUGGUUCUUUGUUUUUUUACUGUUCUGCCUUUGGAAGGACAAAACUGCUCCCUCGAGCCGGAUGAGAAUCCGUGAGCUGGCAGCUACGGAUAGCCAAACCUUGAGCCUUUUAGGUCAGUCUAAAGAAAUGAAAAAAAAAACCUCUGCCCCAUUAGCUCAGUAGGAUAAGCACCGAUCUACCAAGCGGGAGGUCGUAGGUUCAAACCCCAGCCGGCCCCCCAGCCAGGGUCUUACAAAAAAGACUAGCGAGAUCAUGCUGGCCUUAAUCUAAGACUUUAUCCCAGGUCAGAUGAUCGCUUCAUUGGGUGGUGACGUUAAGUCGUUGGCGUUGUCUCCUCCUUUUUCCUUAUCAAUUGCACGUUAUAAAACCCACAGUGCUGUUAAAAAAAGUAGGAGGCCAGAGCUAGACCCCUGUGGUGUGGUCUGUUUGUUACGGGGGAAGGGGACUGUCACGGGCCCGCAGUAAUUUGCUUCACGCUGUUGUGGUUACCCUGCCAAGAAUUGGCGAAUCUAGUGAAAAGAGAAAAGAAUUUUGAGCACCGGUCACGGGACAGAGUUUAAAGGCUUCCUCUCUGGACUCUGCUAAUGCCUGUCUGGAUCUUCAAAGAAAAGGAAAUUACCAUUUCAAAUUAUGUAUGCCUUUUGUUGGUCUUGCCCCAGUGCGACGUUUGCAUCCCAGCACGGCGGUUUUGUACCACGUGAAUGGCAAGCUACAAAGGGCCUAUUUGAAACCACUAACAUGCUUCAUUGUUUGUUUUGUAGGAUGAACCCACCACUGGUAUGGAUCCAGUUGCCCGACGCUUUCUCUGGGAUACAUUGACAGGUGUCUUGAAAGACGGACGCUCCAUCGUGCUGACGUCACACAGGUACACGCGUCAGGGACCUUAAGAUCCGACGACGGCGAGGGCAACGAGAACGUUAAGAGAGCAAUAGGUUAAGAUUAGCAAAACGACUGACAUCUUUGCACGUGCAGCACACUUUUUUGUUCAUUUCUUUGCCAUCACCGCACGGCUACGACGUGAAAAUGUCUAAUUUCACGUUUUAGGGAGGACGUAAAGAAGUCACGACGAAAUUGUCUUUCUCUUUCUGAACUUAUGUAUCAUGGUUGUUAGGAAUUCAACUCCUGGAGAGUUCGCCUGUUUUUGACAAAGUAAGUGAGUUGGAAUAAUCGCGAUGAAGAUUGAAAGAAUGCGAAUUAACUUUUUAUGUGACUUGUUCGCUGUCGUCGCCAUCCUCGGAUCUUAAGGUCCCAAUACGACUUGCACGUGCUACCGAAACAGAUUGAUACUCGUGAACAGGGAAACCAGGAACAAAUAUACGGCUUGAAAUACCGUACAAAUUCUGUUAAGCACAUGUUUGGGCAGUGCAUUUGGUUAAACUAGACUGUUCCAGUGUCUUUUGUUCAAUACCAAGUGGACGCACUAUGCACAAGCAUUUCACGAAUUUGCUUAUUUAGAAUAGAACGUAUUAGUGCGAUCGUAAUUUGUAGUGCUAAAAUAUAAUGUACUUCGUGUAUUGGUUUGUUUCAGACGCCAACCUUCAAAAAAAUUAACUUCAAAACGAUAUACUUAAAUAUCCUUGCUAUUUUAGCGGUUUUCGCCUGGCAUGGCCAAGAGCGCUUGUUUGCAGGCUAAGAAUGGAAUAAUUACGUACCAGUGAGGCUGAGGCUUUAAAGAAUUUUUGUUUUGUUUUGUUAGUUUAUUUUUGUUACGCACAGACUCAAAUUUGUAGCAUCUUAGCGGUUAAAAUGUUGACGUGGCUUUCUCUUUCAGCAUGGAAGAGUGCGAGGCUCUUUGUACAAGACUGGCGAUUAUGGUGAACGGACACUUCAAAUGUCUUGGCUCCUCUCAGCAUCUUAAGAGCAGGUAAGGCAAGCUCGGGGCUUGAAAAAUUCUUGAACACCAGCACGUAUUUUGGGCAAGCAGCUCUCAUAUUUUUUCAUGCCCGGGGCAACUACGUGCUUAGAGGAUAACUUUCCUGGACACUUGUGCAUCGGGCAAGUGAGCUUUUAAAAUUUACUUGUCCAGCAAGAAAAUCUACUUUUCCCAGACCACCAGACGGGACUUCUUUUCUAGCCCUGCAAGCUCUAUACUGAGCCAUUCCGUUCCUGAGUACCGUUACCUCGAUGCACCAUGGUAGAAUGUUCUUAGUACUUAUCGACAGAGCAAAUGAGUUUAAUUCGGUAUGUUGCAGUUUAAACACGUCCCAAACCCUUACGAUAUUUUUACGUCAUGUUCAGUGAGCGUGAAUAGAAUGCCUCUCUUAGUAUACAAAGCUUUAACUACAUAGUAAGGAAUCUUUCGUAUAAAAUAAGCCUGUAGAUGGGAAGCUUUUGAUGUCCUAGUUUAUUCUUUCUCUCGUGUUCUGAAUUUCCGAUCGAGUUCAAACUCAGAUCGGCCGUUGCUCUUCUUGAUAAAAUCAUUCGUUAUUUUAUUCACCAGAUUUGGAAGAGGGUAUACAUUGAUGGUUAAGGUCGGUAGCCAGCAACCUACGGUCUCGCUCACAGGAAUAGCUGACUCUGAAGGUAAAGUAAAAAUUAUACUUUUCUGGGAAACUGCCCACCUACCCUCCCCUUAGCCAACAUUAACACUUGCUUCUCACUUAGGGAAAAAGGUUGGCUUAGGGGAGGGGUAGGUGGGCAGUUUCCCAGAAAAGUAUAGUGAUCCCAGUAAAUGAAUUGGUUGAUAAUGUUAACGGGUUCAACGAAUUGAAAACUUCCCCAGUAUGGCAUCAGUCUGUAGGAACUUGUGGUCUCCCAAAGUAUUUUGCCCUCACGUUUCCCGUUAGGGUCGCCUUAAAUCGUAGGUUAACGCAUUGAACUUCAAAAUUAACUGUGGAGACAUGUAGUAUAGGUAAUUCAAUGGUAACUGUCAACGGAGCCUAUGAACGGAAAUCAUAGGCGCAGCAUUGAUCGUUAAGAACGUAAGAGAAAGAUUUUCCAAAAUAAUUAGCCCUAGAAUUUCUGACAUAGAGUCAGUGUGUGGAAUUUUGUGUUUUAAAAUUUUCUAAAAAAAAUAGUGUUGUUUUCAAAUCUAAUUUUAGGCGCUGUUGGGAGAAGAAGAGUGAAUAUAUCCAUUACAUGUCAAAAUAUUUGAGACAAACAAUUGUUAUCUCCCCAUUUUGUUGGGAAAUUUAGUGUAGGUUUUUUUUUGUCCUACAGCAUGCACUUGCUCCUCUUUUUUUGGCCAGGUUCUUUUAAAAAUGUCUUCGGUUUGUUACUUCUAGUAAAUCGUGUUGAAGUUGUACCCGCCUUUCAAAGUCCCCAUGCUGUUCCUUCGAGCCAGCCCCAGGUCUUCGCCAAUCCAACGGCUCAAUUGGACAACCCUGAUUCCGCCGCGGCAAUAGAUGCUGUUAACAGAGUCAUGCAGUUUGUUUCCAGUGCCUUUGGCGGAGCAACUCUUAUGGACAGUCACAGUGUAAGUCGUGCAAGUCCCAGUCUCCUUCGAAGCCUUCUUUGUGUCCCUGGAGAAGUGUUGCGUGACGACACGGCUGUGUUGGAGACUACUCAAGUCCUGACUGAGCUCAAUUUUACUCUUAGGAAGCCAAACCUGUAUUAAGCGGACACUCUUGGGGAAUAACCAGUUGCCCGCUUAAUACGGUUCCCAGUGCCGAGAAAUACAGCUCUAAGUAAAAUAGGCAAUGGCGUAAUUUCGUUGCUAUAUCAGCUACGAUUUCAUUGCAACCCUGAUCAUAACAAAUUUUCAUAUUUAUCUGAUACAGCCGUGGUGGUAAUUUUUCAAAUCUUUGUUAAUGACGACGUAGUUUAUGCUAAAACUUGGGAGGUAUUGACUGUGAAAAACCCCAUUGAGCCACCUUAAUAGAGGUGGCCGCUUCAUACAGGUUUGACCGUUCUAUCAAUACUAUACUGAACCAAGCAACUGCGAAAAUCAUUAAGUUCACGUUCUUUAGUCAAAUUUUCAUUACAUGAAGUUCUACUUUUUAGAAUUGUAAUGGUUUGUGCAUUGUUUCUUUUAGGGAAUCUUGCAUUACCAGAUAGUUAAUGAAGCUCUGAGCUGGUCGUACAUCUUUGGUCAGCUUGAAAGAAACAGAAGUGCGUUGAACAUUGUGGAUUACAGCAUCAGCCAGACAACACUAGAACAGGUAAAGCUGUUAAGCUCAUUUUUGAGGAGCAAGAGUGACGCAUUGGUGAGAGCACUUGCUUUCCACGUGCAAUGUGGCCCGGGGUUUCUGGGUACUCAAGUUUUUCCCUCUCCUCAAAAACCAAAACUACCAACUUCCAUUUCGAUCAGUUAUGGUAGACGAAGAACCACUAUGUGAAUGUGCUACCUUUGAAUCAUUGUGUAUCUUUUUAUGUAUUUGCCAGUCUUCUCAAUUUUCCAAAUCUCAAUCUUGACUUUAAUGCGUGUUCAUUUACUUUUUUAAACUGAGAAAACGCCUGAGUUUUUUAACUCCAGGGUUGCCUGGGUGAAUAACGCGGUUACAAUGGCCAUCUAUGGCGACGCUGCGUUAAUUACCUAAAUAAAUAAGGUAAUAAUUGCGGGCGACAGGUUGCUACGCAUGCAUGACACGUCUGUAGCCAGCAUUCGUUUUAUCAGGUGAAACGUUCGCAAAGCACUAGCGUUGGAGCAAGGGCGUUUUGACCUUCGAUCAAACUCGCCCGCUCUCUCUAGCCUUUGGUUAUUACCAGUCAUAAAGAUUAUAAAAUACUGGGUGUGAGAGUUGGCACUGGUGAACAUCGUUUUUGAGCAUAUUAGAGACCCGGUCAGCGUCACAUUUGUGAGAUGUGGCCUUAUUAUUUCUCGGCUUUUCUUGGUAGGUUUUCAUCAACUUUGCCAAAGAGCAGCACUCAGAAGACCGCACUUCAGUCAAGCGAAAGUGCAUGUGUUUUCCUUGCUGUCGGUAAAUGGGUAAUCAAUGCUUGCUUGCUGAAGUCCCUG